ACCACUUAAAACAGAAGUCCACAGCCAGAAUCUGGUGCAUACUUCGAGAAACCGUCGACGCCAACGUACCACGGAGAGCGCGUAUAGUUACCAUCGCCAUGGAUGACUUAAACAAGGAUCAAAUUGCUCUGCUGAAGAAAGCCUUCGAUGCUUUCGAUCACGAAAAGAAGGGCUGUAUCGGCACCACUAUGGUGGGCACAAUCUUAACCAUGCUGGGUCACGAGCUCAGCGAUAGUACGUUGCAGGAAAUCAUUAAAGAAGUAGAUGAGGAUGGCUCUGGUGAACUCGAGUUCGAAGAAUUCUGCAUAUUGGCAGCUAGAUUCUUAGUUGAAGAGGACCAAGAAGCGAUGCAACAAGAGCUACGCGAGGCAUUCCGAUUGUACGACAAAGAAGGCAACGGCUAUAUAACCACUGACGUGUUUCGUGAUAUUCUUCACGAACUCGAUGACAAACUGUCACCGGAGGAACUCGAUCUGAUGAUUGAGGAAAUCGACGCUGAUGGCUCAGGAACACUUGACUUUGACGAGUUCAUGGAAGUCAUGACGGGAGGAGACGACUAAGGCAAAGAGCGAAUCUGAUAAUGAAGAUGGGCGCUCGAAGGCCGGGGUUAGCCGCGCAAUUGGCAAACGCUCAUCAAAGAAGAGAGAGAGAGAGAGAGCGCGCGCGUCCCUUCUUCAUCAUCUGCAUCACCACGCUCUGUAAACUACUAAACUACGGCCGAGCGGAAAAUUGGACGUUUACGAUCAUUCGUGAUAUCGUUGGCUGACGGUCGGCAGCUUUCAUCAUGCAAGAUGAAGACCGCAGCAUUUUCCAACGCCUUCAAUCGACGCCAGGAGCAGUGAAAAUGAAAUCCGAGUGCCUCGAUAAAUCGGAAUGACCUUCAUUCAAAUAAAGUAGCAUUGCACAUUUCUUCAUCACGAUAAAACGGAUACACGUGCGGAAUUUCAAAACGAUUAUUUCUAAUCGUGAAUUACGAUGCGAGAAAAGUUGUAAUUUUCUGCUAUAUCAUCGGGAUUUCGUUAGGAAGUUCGCGGGUGAAAGUAUUGAAACGCUCAUAAUUAUGUAAAUUGUACACAAAUAAUUAUUAUGUUUCACGUGCAUGCGUAGAUAAUGAAUGUUCCUUUACGCGCGUGAAUGCACUGCGCCUGAAGGAUAUUAACCAGUGCGCGAAGUAGCGCAGCACGUUCAAGUACGCAAGGCGCUACUUUCCUCGUCUAAUUUUUUUACAUCGACAUAUAUGUAUUGCAUCACUGUGACACGUCUCAUAAUUUUUAAAUAAAUACAAAACUAAUCCAAGA